CACACAGGACCAAGCAGGAGGACCUCAGCAUUUUACCCUUUAUUACAAAUGGAGGAACACGAAGAUGACCAAUACUGUUUUCAAGACAGAAAUUCUUCUUGCAAAAGGACUUCAAUAUCAGCAUAUUUUUCCAUAAUACUCUACGUAUUUUUCACAUUGAUUUCAGCGGUUACAGUAUUUUUGAACCUACUGGUGAUCAUCUCCAUCUCUCACUUCAAACAGCUCCACACUGCAACCAACCUGCUCAUCCUCUCUCUGGCUGUGUCAGAUCUCCUGGUGGGACUCAUUGUGAUACCAUCAAUGACUGUAGCAAUAAUGGAACCAUGCUGGGUUCUUGGGGAAUAUUUCUGUCCGUUGCUCCUCUACCCCAAUUUUUUAUGUGCUUCUUCAUCUCUGGGUAAUUUGGUCUUGAUAUCUAUUGACCGUUAUGUCGCUGUGUGUGAUCCUUUGAUGUACAACUUGACGAUAACAACAACAAGGAUUAUGUGUUGUAUCUUCAUUACCUGGUUUUGUUGUGUCGUAUAUGACACUGUUCUCAUACAUUUCUAUGUAAAUAUACAGGUACCCAGGUGUUUUGAUGAGUGUUUUUCACUUGAAGGACAUUUCUGGGUUAAUGUUAUGGACAAUGGUUUUCCCUUGUUCCAUUACUUUCUUCCACUUGUUAAUUCCUUUAUUAAUCCAAUAAUUUAUGCUAUAUUUUAUCCAUGGUUUAAAUUGUCAACAAAACACAUAUUUACUGCAGAGCUCAGCGAUGGUCAGAAGGCUGACCUGAAGCGCACCUGGGAACGCAAACGGAGGGCGGGAGGAGGCAGUGUAGUUGGCAGAGGGUCGUGCCUCCAUGAGUUACCUUAUGUGUGGAUUGGCUGA